AUGCCCCUCGGCCCCGACGAGUCUCCAGUCCCGACGCACCAUAAUCCCACCUCUCCGCCGGAUAGGCUCGCCGUCAGGAACGCCUCAUCUCCUGGUCUCACUGGUCCCCAUAGCAGGGAGCCCUCUACCUCCGUUCCCAGGGGCCGCCCGGCUGAUACAUCGACGCUGGGUGUUCCUACGAUCCCGCCCCAGUCCAGCCGUCGUGCUCAGUCUCAUUCGAAAAGCCCCGAAUCGACCGCUGCUCGUCCUGCUGGAGCGUCAGGGCAUGAGGGACCGAUCGAGAGGAAGCCGUCGGUAUCCUACGGGCAUCAUCGCAAGACGUCCAUUGUGCAUGGCAUCCAGCACUCGCGAGACCCCAGCUUUGCAACUUCGGCUACAACUGCGAGUCCAUUGAGCCCCGAAAUCAUCGCGUCCGUCGGUCUGAAUAGUACCAACAACGGCGCUCCAGGGCCAGAUUUGCCAUCCUCUGGUCGUCCGGAUCAAUCCGAGUUGCAUCCAACCUACACCAAUGCAGGAAGCAGUGCGACGGGGCACGUCCAGCCCAGCGGCUUGAGUACCAUUGAAGAUGACGAUUCUGGGGAAACGACUAAGGCUAACGGGCAUCCAAAAAAUCCUACGCAUAGAAAGAUGCUGUCCAACGGGAAAUCGCGGCGGGAUCACUCCCGCUCGCACUCGAAACAUCAUCACCAGGAGUCCAAGACAGUGGGGGAGUAUGCGUUGCAUCAUCUCUUCAAUUCGUUUGUCGGUCAAGCGGAUAGCAAAAUCAACCAGAGCAUAAUGAAAGUGGGUGAGGUCGAGGCACCGGUCGAGGAGGUUUGCGGCGCGGGAGCAGACCCAGCUUUCGAUCAGCUUAUUUCUGCUCUGGGUCAUAUUGCCCGCCAAAAGCCAAAGCCAUUGAUCGAUACAAUUAUGCUAUGGCGCAAGGCGAAAGGUGAGGCCGCCGUCAUGGCGAAACAGAUGGCUUCUCAGUCACAUUCCUUGGAAAACGGACUGCUUCCGCGUCGCAAUACGGAACCUACGCAUUCUAGUGGCGGAGAGACCGGUCCAAGUGGUGAUGCCUCCCAGCCCCCGCCUUCAUUAGUACCGAGACAAGACGAGGUCGUCCUCGCCGAGCGGCGGGCAACGGUGUCGGUCUACCUGGUCUGCAGGGUUCUGAUUGAGAUUUUCAACCAAAGCAGCUUAGCUGCGAUCACACCUGAAAUGGCGGACCGGCUGGAGGACAUUGUGUUUGGUCAGCUCAAAACGGUGGAUCCCGAUCAGAUCGCAGCGUCAUCCUUACGGAUGGCUAACUGGAGAAUCUAUGGUCAACUCCUGGGCAUCAUGAGUGAGAACAACUUCACGAGCGUCACAAAUCGGUUUCUCACCGAGCUGGAACGUUAUCAAAAGGAAGAGUCUCUCCGGGGCCCGUCCAGGGAAAUAGAAGCCAAGGUGGAAUUGUUGGUCUUGGGAAUGAGGCAUCUUUGCAUCAAGACUUACCCCGAAGAAGCCUGGAGCAAGUCGUGCGACUUUAUGCGGUCCUUGGCUCGACUGUUCGUGAAUGCUCAUGGCCAGCGAGUCAAGCAGGCGUACUGCUAUAUCUUUGAGAAGCUACUACAUCCAGUCGCGGCUAACCCGGCUUGCGAUCUCGCCCUUCCUCGAUGGAAGGAAUUCUUGGAUUUGAUCACUCCUCGUCUGUCGCAGAUGCUGGCCAAACCUCGGCACUGGAUGACCGUGUUCCCUCUACAUACCCUGUUGCUCUGCGUUUCGUCGAAGGAUGUCUUCUCCUCCCAAUGGCUCUCAUUGGCCAUGAGUCUCCCAGCCAAGUUGAAAGACCGUCCGACUCGGGGCCUAGCACUUCAGGCCUUGUGUCAAUUGCUCUGGACCUACCUGUUCCGCUAUCCCGAUCCCCACAAUGUGACUCUGAGGAGAGUAGAGGAGGUUGUGAAGAUAGCACUGCCGCCGGGGCGAAGAACCUAUCUCACAACCGAACCAGCAGUGGCAGAGCCAUUGGUUCAGCUCAUCCGGAUGAUCGGUUUCAAGCUUCCCGAGUUAUGUUUCCGUAGUAUCAUAUUUCCCCUGAUUAACUCGGAUCUGUUUUUGUCCGGGAAAGAGCUCAAGAUUGAGCAGAUGGAACCAGAGAAGAUGGUGAUUGGCAUUCGCUCGUUUCUCGCUGUCAUCUCCGAUAUGGAAAAUGGCGAUCAAUUAUAUCUCCCAUUCCCGGAGGGAUCUGUAUCGAACCAGCAUUUUGUUGACGUCCCGAAUUCUCCCCUUCCCCCGCGGCCACAGCUCUUAGCCGAACCAAAACCGAAGGCUUCAGGCGGGACCAAUGAGUCCUUGUCGCGUCCCGUGAACACAUCCAAGCUCAACGAUGUUGCAAAGGAGUAUUACAUUCGAUUUUGUGAGAUCUUGGGGAAGAUUACUAUCCUUUGUGACAAUGCUUUCGGCGGUCAGGCCGCCCUCGAUGAGAAAUUCGGCGGCGCCACUCCCAAGACGCCUAUUUCGGAAGCCUUCAGUUUUGCGCGACGCGAUGAUCAUUCAGCUGGGCCUGACCAGAAACAGAGUUUUUACGAUCUCCUCCAUGUGGCAGUGCAAGCUCUGCCCCGGUGCUUAUCGGAUCAUAUCCCCUUCAACUCGCUGAUCAACCUCCUCUGCACGGGGACAGCCCACGUCCAAUCCAACAUCGCCGCAUCUUCCGCCGAAUCGUUGAAAUCGAUUGCGCGACAAAUGCACGCGCAACAGGUAACCAUCGGUUUUGCUCGUUUCAUUUUCAAUUUCGACGCGCGGUACUCGACCAUGUCAGACGAAGGCAUGCUGGGGCCGGGCCACAUCGAGUCGACGUUGACGCUUUACGUAGAGCUGCUUCGCAUAUGGAUUGAGGAAAUCCGACAGAAGACUAAGGAGGCGGGGCUCGAUUCCUCGGACAAAAGCGGUGGCUCCGGCAGCAGGGCCUUGCAGCUCGAUUUGUCCAGUGUUCUUGCCUAUGUGGAAGAGAUCGAGGCUCACGGUCUGUUCUUUCUGUGCUCCCAGUCUCGGAGAGUGCGUUCGUUCGCGAUCACCGUGCUGCGGCUGGUCACUGAAUUUGAUCGUGCGCUUGGGAAGGAAAAUACCAGGAUAAUUCGCAUCCUGGAGGCAGAUUCCCAGCAAAUAAUGGACCUGAAUGAUGAACAACUCACUGUGGCGGAGAGGAGUAGAUUACAGAAAGGCAAGAGAAAGAGUGCGUCGCAUAAUACAUUGAUCGAGCUGUGCAGCAGUGAAGUGUCAUACGACUCGACUCUCUGGUCCAAGGUUUUCCCCAACAUCAUCCGCGUCAGCUUCGAUACUUGCCCCUUUGCAGUCACACUCGCCAGAGAAAUCGUGUGUGCGAGGCUAGUGCAAAUGCACAAGUCUAUUACUGCGCUGGCAGAGAGUCCUCGCCCACCACAGUAUGCACCCCUGGAUCCUGUUCAGGGACGGACUAUGGGCCGAGGUGUCACACCCGCUGAGAUUCUGGUCGAGCAGUGGAAGCUCUAUCUGGUCAUGGCCUGCACAACAUUGAAUAGCGUCGGAGCUCAAUCUCAGAGCCAGUUAGCCAACGCCCAACACGCACGCAAGGCCUCGAGAGGAGCACAACAAGGUCAAGACAAAAUCACCUCUGCCAGAGCUCUCUUCGCUUUUGUGAUCCCUCUGUUGUCUGCUUCGCUGGACUCUAUCAGGAACGCUAUAGUGGUCGCAUUAGGUUCUAUCAACAAGAACCUUUAUCGGACCCUCCUCGAGUCAUUGCAGUACGCGGUGACGACGUGUAAUGAAGAAGCCAAACUUCGGAUGGGCGGUCAUCAUCGUACCCCGAGCAGUCCCCGUCGGAACCGGAAGACCGAUCGUCUACGCACCGAGGUCACGCACGUUUACAAGCUGACAUCGCAUUUCCUCAAGGAACCCGAAGUGUAUAAUGAUGACUGGAUUGUCAAUAACCUCGUCACAUACACAAAGGAUCUACGGAUAUUUCUGAGUGACGUGGAGGUACAAAACGACUGGGAAUUUCAGAAACUACGUUACCACUACUGUGGUCUCAUGGAAGAGCUCUUCGAAGGCAUUAACCGUACCAAGGACCCAUCUCGCUGGAUGCCAUUUGAAUCCCGCAAAUCGGCCUUUUCCUUGAUGGAGGACUGGUGUGGCUAUUCACCAAAUCAGGCGCAAAUAUCUCAACGGGAGGAGAACAUGCGAAAAUAUGCCAUCGCACAGCAGCACGAGACGGGCGAAUAUCGAAUCACGGCCGCCGCCAUGGAAAUUGAAAAGAAGAACCUGCGAGCUGCGGCACUGAGCGCGAUGGCUUCCCUUUGCGCGGGUCCGAUUAGUAUAACAACGGAGAGCGGCUCUGUUUUGCAGUUCGAUGUGGGCCGAAUGCUGACUUGGAUUGACAUCAUUUUCAACACUAUCAGUGACAAGUGGCAUAGCAUCGGUCGACGCGCCCUGAAGAAUCUGAUUGUUCACAAUAAGGAGUAUCCUUAUCUGCUGGAACGAUCAGUGGAGAUGUGCUACGUGUCGGAGCGACCGAAGGCCCUUGAAAGUUAUUUUGAAGUGGUAACCGAAGUGCUCACUGAGCACGCAAACUACCCGCUGGCCUUUUGGAGAAUUCUGGGGGCGGUUCUCUAUACCUUGGGAAAUCAGAAGCGAGAGAUUCGGAUGAAAUCCGCGCGGCUUCUACGAAUACUCGAGGAACGGCAGCAGAAGAGUUCUCGGCUACAGGAUUUCGACAUCAGCAUUUCUGACAAGACGACAGCGGUCUAUAAGCUCGCGCAGUUUGAAACGUCCAAGCGGCUGGCGAAGCAGCAUUCGGACCUUGCUUUCACGAUAUUCUCCGAAUUCUGCUUACACUUCCGGAACCUCCAGCCUGAUGGCCAGCGAAAUAUCGUCGUUGCUAUUUUACCUUGGAUACAGACGAUCGAGUUGCAAGUGGAACCGAGUGGUGGACCAACUGCGAAGUCAUAUAUGCUACUUGCCAAUCUGUUUGAGAUCACGAUCCGAUGCGGCACGAUAUUACCAAACGAAGUGCAGGCACUUUGGCAGGCACUCGCCACCGGACCACAUGCGGGUAAUGUGCAACUGGUGCUCGACUUCAUCAUCAGUCUCUGCCUGGAUCGUAAAGAGCAGAACUUUGUGGAAUAUGCCAAACAGAUUGUCGUGUUUCUGUCCUCUACUCCCGCAGGAUCCAAAGUCAUCGAAUUCUUCCUGAUGCAGGUCGUCCCAAAGAACAUGGUACAAGAGCGACGGGAUCCUGCCCCCGCUCCGCCUGACGCUCGUGGCCUGCCAUAUGUCGCUGACCUGAAUACCGUGCUACCGGUCGGAAACAAGCAGGCUGGUCUCUCACUCGGACAGAUCUCCAUGAUUUUCCUGGUCGACUUGAUGGUGGCACCGGUGACAAUAGCGCUAGACGAUGUCAUCAAGCUCCUGCAUGUGGUCCUGAUCCUCUGGGACCAUUAUACUCUUACCGUUCAGGAGCAAGCCAGAGAAAUGCUUGUCCAUCUCAUUCACGAGCUGGUUGCUUCCAAAAUCGCAGAUGAUGAUUCAACUGCCAGUACUCGACAAGCUAUUGAGGAUUUCGUGGAAUCUAUCCGCAAGAGCGAUCCGGCGGUCGUCUGGGAGUAUGAGGAUAAUAGUAGCAAAGAUGAGGAGGAGGAUGGCACCAUGGUUCCGCCUGCAAUGGCUCGCGUAACGCGCCAGGCGGUCACUUUCUUUAGUCUUGUCUAUGAAGGGAUCAGCGAUCUCUGGUCCAAGGAGGCGUUGAAUUGGGCCACCUCAUGUCCUGUGCGGCAUCUGGCAUGCCGAUCGUUCCAAGUCUUCCGCUGCAUUUCGACUUCUCUCGACUCCCGAAUGCUGGCUGACAUGCUGGCCCGACUGUCCAACACGAUUGCCGACGAAGAGACUGAUUAUCAGACAUUCUCCAUGGAGAUCUUGACCACUCUGAAGGUCAUUAUCAGUUCGUUGGCCCCAGCGGAUCUGAUGCGGUAUCCACAACUCUUCUGGACCACAUGUGCAUGUCUCAACACCAUACACGAAACAGAGUUCAUGGAGAGUGUCGGCAUGCUCGAAAAAUUCCUGGACAAGGUGGACAUGGGCGACCCAGCUGUGAUCGCGAAGCUGAUUGAGAGUCAGCCUCCAAAGUGGGAGGGUGGAUUUGAUGGCAUCCAGAACUUGGUCUACAAAGGGCUGAAGUCCUCGGAAGCGUUUGACCGCACGCUGAGCCUCCUACACCGACUGACUGGGCUUCCGGACAAUGAACUGGUUGGAGACAGCAAUCGGUUACUCUUUGCGACGCUGGCCAACCUGCCCCAUUUUCUCUAUCAAUUUGACCAGGAAGUGAACGAUCCUAAGAUCCUGGAUCGGGCCAAUCUGCUGGCCAAAGUGGCGGAGCGGCAUGGCCACGACCGGCUGGCGGCCUGCUUGGUUGGCUUCGCGAACGCUCAGUGGAAGAAUAGCCGCGAUUUCCUGCAGCAUAUGAUCUCCGAACUGCGGUCGUACUACGCCCCUCAGCAGGAUGUGCAGAGUCUGGUGUUCCUGAUGGGACUCUUGACGAACACGACCACGUGGUUCCGCCUCAAGACGAUGAGGAUUCUCUGUGUGUUGAUCCCGGAGAUCGACAUGCGACGGCCCGAAGUCACCUGCCACGGCCCGGAUCUGAUCUCGCCUCUGCUGCGGCUCCUCCAGACCGAGCUCUGUCCGCAGGCGUUGGAAGUCAUGGACCAUAUCAUGACGGUCUCGGGCAAUCCCAUGGAACGCCAUCAUAUCCGGAUGAGCAUGGCAUCGUCGUCAUCGUCGCGGGCGAUCCGCAAAGAGUACGAACGGAUCCAGAGUCUGUACGGGAUUCCGGAACCGACCGGCUGGUCCAUUCCCAUGCCUGCGGCGCAGUCCACCAUCACUCGCAACAAUGUCCAUGCGGUCUUCUAUACGUGUGCGGAGGCGGAUCGCAUGGAAGCCCAGCGGACUGCGACGCCCGAAGUGGAAUUCCACGCCGACGAAUAUGGAGACUCGUACUUCCCGUCUAUGCGGGCGGAUACGAUGAAGUCGGUGGAUACCCAGACGGACGGCAAUAUGGGCGACAUUGUGCAGAAGCUGGACAGUCUGGACGAUUUCUUUGAGGAGACAGAGAUGCAGUCACCGUCUCUAGAGCCGAUGUCCGAUAGCGGGUUGCGAGGCUAUGGGGCGAGUUUUGGUGACACGACGGCCAGCCUGUAUGACCAGCAGACGGCCCCGAUCUUGCGCAAGUCUCUUGCUCGCACGGCGUCGACCUCGUCGUUCCACAAUGGCCUGGCGGAGACGUCGCGACCUCCGACCCGGCUGGAAGGCAUGAUGGGCCUGACGUCGCCGCCGCUGGCGCAACAACAGCCAGCUUCCGCGACGGGCGCGGGCCAGACGCUGCGGCCGGCCAUGCACAACCGCUCGGUGACGUCUCCGGCCAACCAGCUGUCGUCGCCCGGCUCGAACCCGUCGUCUACAGCGCCGGCCAACAGUUCGAUGGAAACCACCUUCUUUUCGGACGACGAGGUGGAAGAGAGUUUCUCGGACGCUGACGACCGGCUGACGGGCCACGCAUCGUCCCGUAGCACGCCAGCGGCAUCCCGGAAGGGCUCCGAAGUGACGCCGUCUCUGGAGUCGAUGAUUCGGAGCGGGAUGCGGCGUCUGACGGGCAGCACCGCCUCAGGUCGAGAGAAGGAACGACAGCGAGAUCUGCUGCGGGCUCAGCAGCGGGCGGCCGCGCAGACGGCACAUUCGCCGCGGGUGCCCAAGGUCCCGGCGGAGUAUCUGAGCGGGUCGGUUAAUAGUCCAACAUCGCCGGGGCAGUAG